UCACCCUCCAGCCUCUCUGGACCUCAAUGCUCCCAGGUAGGUAAGCCGAGCACCAGCAGCGUGAACAGGUGUGACGUUCUGAUAGGCCAGGGAACAGGACAAAACAAGGUUGUGUUCCUCUGCUCUGACCUCGCUGACACGUAGCCAGAUGUUAUAACGCCGGAUAGGUAUUUUAUGUAUCAACUAACCACAUCUUAUGUUUUACCAUUUUGGUGCAAAACUGCACAGUUGAUGACAGGGAAGGCAACCGUUGGUUUAUGCAUGCAGCGUUUGAGCAGGGAAGGCAACCGUUGGUUUAUGCAUGCAGCGUUUGAGCAGGGAAGGCAACCGUUGGUUUAUGCAUGCAGCGUUUGAGCAGGGAAGGCAACCGUUGGUUUAUGCAUGCAGCGUUUGAGCAGGGAAGGCAACCGUUGGUUUAUGCAUGCAGCGUUUGAGCAGGGAAGGAAACCGUUGGUUUAUGCAUGCAGCGUUUGAGCAGGGGAAGGCAACCGUUGGUUUAUGCAUGCAGAGUUUGAGCAGGGAAGGCAACCAUUGGUUUAUGCAUGCAGAGUUUGAGCAGGGGAAAGCAACCAAUAAUAGCACCUAUACGCUUGUACCUUACUGCACAACACCUGCAACAUAUUAGGCACUAAUAGCAAUAUUGGAUGCUUGCACACAAAAUCAAUUCAAUGCUUUCAAUAGGCCUAUGUAAUGUAAGGACCUAAAGAAUGUCGGUUGCCAGUCUGUUUAGCUGACAUUCCAGUCCUUGUACUCCAAGUCAUGUGAAUAUGAAGUACAAGGAGUUGAACGUAAAAAAAAUGGCAACCAGGCAAGACAGAACCCGGUACCAACCAUACAGACUCGGGCGAUAGUUUUCUUUGUAGAUUAUUUGUGCCAAAAUGUUAAUAAUACGAUAAUUACCAUGUUCAUUCAUGCACACUUAUUGUAAAUUAAUGUAGGAAUGAACUGAAAUUGUUCAAUAAAAACUGUGUUCAUAAAAAGGGCUUUUCUCCCGCCAUCAACGUGGUCAUCGUGGACUGGGAAAGCGCCACCUGGACAAGUUGAGGGCGGCAGCGCCUGGAAGAGCGGGAAAUAAAACCCAAUUAAACUAGCUAGCUAACCUGCUAGACUGCUCUAAAGUUUCCUACCGUUGGCACAUGGAAACAAACUAACAAUAAUCUAUAGAUACAUGUUUCUCUGGUUAAAAUACAACUAUAACAAUAGAAAUGUAACCCGUGUAGGCCACCUAUGAAUAUGAGUGGUUUAGGACGAGCCCAAUCUGGUCAACGCCAGAGAUGUUCCCGUCGUUCAUACUGCAGACAGACAGACAGACUGGUGUUGAGGAUUCAGGCUCGGCUGUGUCUGUCUGGCUGUGUGCACCUCCUUUUGCAAGGUGUUUUAACCUGAGCUCACAUUGUCUUGCUGAAUUAUUUUGUUUCCACUUUACUUGACCGUGUCUACGAUGGAGAACGAAAUAACCACCAGCACUCCCUCUCCUCCUCCUGCUCCAGUGUCUCAUGACCCCAGCAACGACACCUCUCCCUCUCACCAUGCCCCCCGCUUUGGCACCAUCAUCCCUAACCGCAUCUUUGUGGGAGGCAUUGAUUUCAAGACCAAUGAGAGCGACCUGAGACGCUUCUUCUCCCAGCAUGGAGCAGUGAAGGAGGUGAAGAUAGUGAUUGACCGUGCUGGGGUGUCAAAAGGAUAUGGCUUUGUCACCUUUGAGACCCAGGAGGAUACAGAGAGAAUCCUUCAUGAUGCUGACAGACUGUGCUUCCGGGACAAGAGGCUCAACAUCGGCCAGGCCGUGCGCAAGCAGCAAGUGGGAGGUCACCCAAACAGCUUCUCUGUGUCCAGCCAUACUCCUGCCAUGAUACCCACCCCCUGUGGAACCAUGUACCUCACCACCCCUACAGGGUACCCCUACACCUACCACAACGGAGUGGCUUACUUCCACACCCCAGAGAUGAGCCCCUCCGCCCCCUACCACUGGCCCUCCCGCUCAGUGCCUGGCUCUCCAGUCAUGCUGACCCACCAGCCUCCACCCAUCUACCAGCAGCCAGCCUACCAUCACUACCAGGCCCCUACACAGUGUCACCCUAGUCACCUGCAAUGGAACGUUCCUCAGUCUCCAGUGCCCUCCAGCCCAGUGUUGUACAUGCAGCCCUCUGAGCUCCUGUACCAGCCCAUGGCAGCCCAGCGACGGGGCUGUGUCCAGCCUGCCAUGCCCCUCAUAGAGGCCCCCAUCCCAGAGCAGCAGUUCAUCGACCACAUGGUGCAACCAGCCUACAAUCACACGUUAUCAUACUACCCACAAAGUCCAGGGGGGAUGACACCUGUGAUGAUACAGCAAGAACCAGGAAAGGAACAGAAGUUCCACGCCAUGAGGCGAGGUUACCCCUCCUCGCCGGUCAGCCUGAAGCCCAGGUACGGCCGCAACCCGCACUACGCCCACCUGCGCAAGGAGUACCGCCCAGAAAUCACCACUGACCCCUCCCCUCCGCCCGCCACCGAACCACUCAAGUAGAGUAUAUCCAUGUUUCCUUUCAGCCAAUGAAACGCCCAUCUCCUCAGGCAGAAAGACCCACUUCUCUAUCUCUCCACCCGCUUCUCAAUCUCUCCAUGACCUUGUCUCCUCCAACCCUUCACACGCAUCAUAUUAUUCAGUCCAGACAACUAUGUGCUCGCUGAAUGUUCAUCUGUUUACUAUAAUUUAAUAGAAUAUUGAGAAUAUGAAUCAUUUUAGCUACUAAAAAGUACUGUAAGCACUAUGAUGUAAGUGCUCGUUCUAUCACUUCUGGACUGAAAAGGUGCAUAGCUUCCUCUGGUGUUUUUCCCACGACUCAGGGAGGGAUAACUAGCUCCUGGUACUGCAUUGUACUGUUGAACUGUUUCAUAAAUAACCCAAUGCACGAUUGAGCUUAAAGUUAAGCUAAACGAUCUUUUGUAACAAGAAUGUUCCUCCUUUGGCAUUUGUGUCAAACUUUUGCCAUGUAAUCGUUCAGAGUAUAGAAGCAAAAGGGAGCUAUUUCCUGAUACUGCUUUAUAUUGGCCUAUUGGCCAAUCACACGUUUUCUUUUUCAAAUUAGCUCUUAACGCAAAGCAAAAAAAAGUCUUAACAAAGAUUACUGCCAAUAUUAGUUCUAAAUAAAAGCUCUCUAUCUGCCAUUGAGCAUGUUUUAUCUCUUUGGUAUUAGAAUAGUCAAGAUUACUGUCUUUAUAAUGUGACUGCAAUACAUGUUGGAAAAUGUAUUUUAAAAUAAUUAGGCUGCUGUCACAGAGGAGUGCAAAUAGAUCCCUAGAGUUAAAUACAUAACCAGGAGAUUAUUUUAUACAUUUAGCAUUUUUAUGUAUCUCAUGUUUUCAAGAGCUGUUUCAUAUAGAUUUUGCUGUGAUUGUGAGUCUCUAAAAACAAUGUGCCCUCCAGAUGAGGGGUAACAUCAAAAUAACUGUCCACUGGACUGGGACCACAAAUAAAGUACAAUGAACAUCAGUCAAACAGAUUCACAUGGUCUUUCGUCGG